UGUCAAGGCCCACGUUGCGUUUGUCAAAGAUACGAGAACGGCGAAUUAGCCGCGGUUAUAAUGAAUCAAGGCAGAACUAAUCAGGAAAGGGAGGAUGGCUAUCAAAACGCAGGUCAUGUUUCGCGUGCCUUUCAAAAUCGUCUUAACGGCACUAUACAGAUUCAUCCAAAUCUGAAUCCAAAUUAUCAAAAUCCGAUUGAUUUAAUACGUAAUUAUAAUCGUCGAUUACAACAGCAACAACAGUCACAGCAGCAACAACAACAACAACAACAGCAGCAGCAGGAAUCGGAAGAAAACAUUUAUGAGCGUUUGGACAAUGAUGAUGAUGAAGACGAUAAUGAAAGCGUAGAAGUCCCUCGGAAUGAAGCGUUAGUGCAAAAUAAUCAGAGUAAUCAUAUGGAUAAUCAUAUGUACGAAAGAAUAGGUGAGCGGAUAUCAUGUAGCAGUAGAUCGCAUUGUCAUUAUUAUAAAUAUCAUAUACCUGCUCAUAGUUUUUUGAAUGAUAUGGAUAAUGCCAGAAAUGUGAGCCAGUACGAUCAACCAAGACACAUCUAUAUUGAUUAUUCUCGAUUGAAUAGUAAUAUUCAUCAAAACUCUCUAAGCAGAUUAGGUCGCAAUUGCUUCUCCACGGAAAAUAUUGCGUAUGCUUCUACGAAACGUUCCGUUCAUCCGACCGUUUAUAAUUGCUCAUGCCCAUACUGUAGAAAUGUGGACGCCAGAUAUGUAUGCCACCAUUGUCAUAAUCUAUAUAACAGAUUACGAUAUCAAGAUACCGCUAAUUCCAGGCAUUAUGUGUACCAAAUCUCAAGAAACUGUAGAUGCCCCUUUUGUCGCGGUGAAUACUCGUAUGCGAAAUUUCCCGCUCUUCGCGCAGCUGAAUUACUGAGAAUGGAAUGUUGUCAUUGUAGAAACCCGACCAAUUGUACUUACCGUAGUAAAGCUCCGUCCGAUCCGAAUUCCAUGAUCUACAUCGGGCGAUAUCUGGAUUGGAUUAAUCGAGCCGGACAAUCUGUUAAUAAUCCUCUGUAUGCUAUGGUUCAUGUCGGUAGGAUGGAUCGUACUUCCGCGUCUGGCCAUGGAAAUACAUUAAAUUUGCCGAACAUAGUUGAUCCUGGUCCGUCGACAUCAUCCGGCAAUGCGUCGUCUAAUGCAAGAUUCAACGAACCGAAUUCAUCCUCAGUUUUGCGAUCGGUAUUUACCCCCGGCGCUUCCACAUCAAAUGCUCCUAUCUGUCCUAUGAAUCGCUAUGUGAAACAUCAGCAUACCUGCGACGACUCUUGUAUUCGUAGUCAAAGUAGCAGUCUGACUGGGAUAUCCCAGCUUUUCGGAAGAUGCGAAAGAACAGAAUGCAAUCACGGAAGGCUCUCUGUGCACUGGUGGUUCGUAAAUAAAUGGCUUCCUUUAUGGAAUUCUCAUAAUCUCGACAGAAAUGUAGAUGGCGCGUCAUGUGUGGAUGAAAUAUCACGUGAACAGCGAGAGAGUGACAGCGACGAUUCUUAAUUCAUUAAGAAUCUAUUGUUGCGAGAGUGUCUGCUUUACACAUUCCGGAUGUUCAAUACAUAUAUUUCAUUAAUUUUUUGAUUAUCAUGCAAUUAUAGUUUACUGAUUUAUUUGGAAUGCGAACCGAGAAACUUAGGUAUAAAUGGAUAUACUUCAGUGAUAUAAUAAUGAUAUAAGUAUAUGUUCCAUGACAAUAAAUUUAUAUAUUGCGAUUUCAAAA